ACAACCUCCCUGCGACUGGUCCGAUGCUGCACGCAUCGGGAGCCGCACGGGCUUGCAGCUGAGAGGAGAACCCCCCAGAGUCCCUGUGAGCUGAAACUGCGCGCAGAAGCCACGCAGGCAGGCGAGGAGCUGGGCUGAAAACGAUGACGGCCGCGCUAGAGCCACGGCGCCGCGCACACCGGCCGAAAGUCAAGACUGGCUGUAUCUGCUGCAAACGCCGUCAUAUUCGAUGCGGAGAGGAACGACCGAAAUGCCUGCGCUGCCAGAUCGCCGGCCUCAAAUGCGACUAUGUCCUGAAUGCGCGACCACAGGCAGGGUCCGCGUCUGCCUCGCCCCCUUCAUCAUCCAAGAGCGACUCGCCGCCUAGUGAAGACCUGGCCGUCCAGCCGCCCAGCCCUGGCGAUGUGGUCCGCUGCGAGUCACCAGACCCAACGUUCACCCUCGCUCCUGCGCUGCCAUCAAACGUGCCGACCGGGGCCAGGGUGCGCGGGGGCGGCUUGACUCAGGCGGAGUCGCUGUACUUUGAGAACUUCCAGAUCCGCAUGGCAGAGAACCUGUCUCGCUGUGGGCUGGCAGACUUCUGGUAUCGGACAAUCCUCCGCGAGGCGGACGCUGACGACUGCGUGUUCCACUGCAUCGUGGGCAUUGGUGCAUUGGGCCGCGUAUAUGAGAACAAGGACGGCCGGGUGCCAUCACCGACCAUCACCUCCUUCCUCGGUCUGCCUUCUGCGCCGCAAGGGUCGAUGGUUUGGAAGGAUCUCGCGCCUGCCAUCAAGCAGUACUCACGCGCCAUCUCGUCGUUCCGAGACCGCCUGACGGAGCCGAUUCGCACAAUACCAUGUCGGACCAUCAUGCUGGUCACCAUCCUGCUCAUUGUCUACGAAAUGUUGCAGGGGAAUGCGAGGGCUGUGGACCGGCUCGUCGCCACGGCGCUGGUGACCUUGAAGGAAAAGAUGAGUGCCAGCAAGAUUAAUGAUUUGCACGUGCUGCUGGACCGGUCGAGACUCGACGAUGAAGGCGUGGUAGAGGCGAUCUACCUCAUACCGCGGAUAGCGGCCAUGCGCAUGUCCAUGUGCCCGUCCACGCUAGACUUCUCUUGCGAGUGGUUGCUCAAGAUGGGCACACACCCCAUGAGUCUGAAGGCUUCAAUGCCUCCGUCGAAUCUUGAGCUUGAAAACUUUGAGUAAGCCUUGCUGGUGUUUUCUCCAUUUAGUGCGGGAGGGCAAGGCCUAUACUCAGCACGACCAUUGUCUCAUCUCGAAGCGGAUCUAAUCAUCUUCUCUUUUCUAGGCACUCUUGGAACCACUUCCUCAGUCUCGCGACUGUCUGGUACAACCACACCCAUCACGGCAUUGCCGACGUGUU